CACCGUUGCACUUCUUCCUAGAAAAUUUCUGCAACCACAGGAGUUUUUUCAGCAACAGCAGGUUGUCUCGGAACUUUCCAUAUUUAACGACCGGCGCUGAAGUCCUGUCUUGUUCCCUUGUUAAUCACCUAACUAGCAGCAUAGGACCUUCGAUGGGUACCAAGAGUAAUAAAGAUCAAGUUACUCGUGGGACGACGGCAUCUGCGGUGCGCAAGGUCUUGGGAGAUCGCGAACAGUUCGAGGCACUGAAGGGCGAGAAGCGGGCCGCCGUGCAGGCCCGCAAGGCCCCUCGCCGACAGAAGUCCAUCGCCUCCGACUUCCCGCUGGGCACCACCGGUCUCUACCUGACCUUAAUUGGCUUCAUCGCUUUCAUCUCAGCUGCGCUCUACUGGGUUGUUGUUCUUUCAUAUCCCAACAGUAAUUAGUUUUUCGGCGCGGGAAGUUCACACACCCCGAGGAGAGAGGGAACGCUGGCCUGAAACACAACGCUCUCUACAGUCACACUCUCUGCAGACAUCUCCCGGCAGGGCGGCGGCGUUGGACCUUUUUGGGGCAUCAAGUGCAUAAUACGGUGUUCCUUGUCUUAGGGGCGGCAGCAGCUGCAGUUGUCCAGCCACAGUAGAGAGCGUCGCUGCUCGCAGUUAGGGAGCCGCCCACGGCCGCAACGACGCAUCCAGUCAGGAAGGCGUAUCCCUUCUAAAUUGAUCGUAAAGCCUAUAUAAACAAUUGUAGUGAACUUGCACUACCGCAUCUGUCAGCGCCUUCCUCCCACGUGGUGCGUGUGUUACAAGCCGACAUCACCUAUAUAAUUGUGCGUGUUUAUCAGCGCCGCCAUGAAGCUUCUGGCGGAGGGCUUUGCCAAGGGCACGGAGGGCCACGUGAAGCUCCUACCAGAGGAAGCUGAAGAUAUGUGGCACGUGUACAACCUGGCCCGUGAAGGCGACCAUAUCACUGCCACCACCUUUCGUAAGGUCCAGGUGGACAAGGGGACGGGCGCAGAUACGGAGCGCCUGAAGCUGAAGCUCACGUUGGAGGUGGAGGGCAUCGAAUUCGACGCCGAGGGUGGCGUAAUCCGCGUUAAGGGCCGCAACCUGACAGAAAGCGAGCACAUCAAGCUGGGCGCAUACCAUUCCCUGGAGCUGGAACUGGGCCGCGCAUUCACGCUGUACAAGGCCGCAUGGGACGCGCUGGAUAUUGAGCGUGUACGACAGGCAACGGACGUCGCGUUGUCAGCGGACCUGGCGGCGGUGCUGAUCACGGAGGGUCUGGCAAAUGUCUGUCUGGUGGGCGGCAGCACGACCCUGGUUCGAGCCCGUGUGGAAGCUAACCUGCCCCGCAAGCGCGGCGCAGCGGCCAUGGGUUACGACAAGGCGUGGAACCGCUUCCUGGAGCACGUCUUCAACGCUGUGGUUCGGCACGUGGACUUCUCAAUCGUCAAGUGCCUGGUCAUAGCAGGUCCCGGAUUCGCCAAAGAGCAGUUCAAGGAGUAUAUGGAUCUGGAGGCGGUGCGCAAGGACGUCAGGCCGCUGGUUGAGAACAAGGACAAGGUGGUGCUGGCACCCGCGUCGUCGGCCUACAAGCAUAGUUUGAAGGAGGUGUUGUCAUGUCCGGGCAUCGCUGCCCGCAUUAAGGACACCAAAGCUGCACGGGAGGUGGCCGCACUGCAGGACUUUUAUGACCUGCUUGCCGCGGACUCCUCCCGCGCUUUCUACGGCCCCGGUCAUGUGUUCGCCGCCGCCGAGCUCGGUGCCAUCCAGGUGCUGCUCAUCAGCGACUCACUCUUCCGCAUCGACCACAUCGAGAAGCGCCGGCGAUAUGCGGAACUGGUGGAGGGAGUGCGGGAGGCGGGUGGCGAGGCGCUGAUCUUCUCCGCGAUGCACGUGUCAGGCGAGCAGCUCACGCAGUUGUCAGGUAUCGCCGCCAUUCUGCGCUUUCCCUUACCCGAGCUCGAGGACAUGGAGAUUUCUGCGGAGGGCUUGGUGUAGAGGAGGGGUUCUCGCGAAUGACCCGUGGGCCACCAGCGCGCAAUGCUGAACAGGAGUAAGGCGGGGCAGAGGACAGGACAAUGUCGGGACAGGGUCGCAGCAGGUCCGGCUCCGGGCCCACGCGUGGUUUGUCCCUUCGGUUUGUCCAUGCGGCGAUGACAAAGCACAUUUGACUGGGACCCGGCUCAGCCGGCGCUGUUGGCCGAUCUUCGCUGGUUACACGGCCGGGGUACGGUGGCCAUGUGUGGAGGCGUACCUGUGUACAAACUGCGGUGCUUCGCUGCGGGAUUUGGUUGGGACGUUGCUUGCGGUUGGGGCCACGAGUCCUGAGAGUGUUGUGUUCAUCUAUGGACCCAUUCAAUGCAAUGUUCGGAGGUUGAAAUUGCUUCGUCAAGGACUGAUUCCGGGCAGCCCUCGAAGAGACAGGUGGCUGAUGGUUGGUCUGUGCGCGUGAUGGUGGUGGGGCUGCGUGGUGACAGUGUAAGGGCUGAAAAGGGGGAUGGACGGAAGAGGUUGGGCCAUGGUCCGGCAACUGAGGCAAUGCAGUCUAAAGGUUUUCCAAUGUCAGUGAUGCAGUGAAACUAUGCAAUUUUCGUUUAGCGUGUGACGGUUCUAUGAUGUUUCUUGGUUAUGGUAAGAAAGCUAUAAUAAAAACGUUUAGGUGUCGAGCUCCGGGACGUUUUCACGUAAUUCUCUGAUACCGUUUUUGUGCUUCGACUCCGAUACUUAGGGCCGGAGCACAAGCCGCGUACGUUUCCGUGCUGAUAUUUUAAGCAGCCUCGCAAAA